AAUUGACAAUAAAGCAGACUUUGAACUUGAACUUUGAAGUAUCCCAUCAAGAUAGUUGCGCACUCUUGUUUUUUAGUUACUGUUGCCUUUUACCAUAACAAAACCAUUUCUAAAAAUUGAUACAGGAAGUGCACAGUCAACCUAGGCAGCUUAUCUGAGAGAAAUAGGCAACCUUCGAAACCAAUCAGAACUGUCUGUCUCCUUCUUUCUCCUUCUCGCUCCCAUACACACUUUCUCCUCUCUGUUGUGUUCUGGGGGUAAUUUGAUCACGUUUCCUCAUGCUGCAUGAAUGAAAGCAAAAGACUGAGAGCGGCGUUUGACCUGAUUCUCUCUUGUGUUUCCACGGAGCUUAAAUGGACCUGUACCUAUGGGAAAUGAGGGUAGACCUCGACACGGAUCUCCUAACUGCUGCCUUGGAGGAGGGGAGGAGGUUAAACACUGAACCUCUGGGUGGACGUGUCCAUGUGGAGUGAGCCUGACUCCUGCUGAGGACCGCAGCAGACUUCCUCCCUCAUCUGAGGCAGAGUCCCAGGGAGAGGCUGUGAUCGAACACAGACCCCCUCUGCCCCGCCCCGCCCCUCCUCGUCGUCCUCCUCCUCUAAUGUCCCAGAGGAAGAGCGUGCCUAGCCUCGCGAGGAGACUGCUUACCGUCGCCUCAAGCGUCCCGCACGCCAGCCGCCCUCUAGUAGCGCCCCUCGGUCACUUCUUGCUCUGACCCAGUCAACCCCCCCACUCUCAGGUCUGCUGACCAUGAAGGAGGUGGGCCAGUGGUCGGAGGAGGAUGUACUAGACUGGCUGACAGAGGAGGGCAUGCAAGAGUACUUGGAAUCCUUCCAGCAGCUGGACGGCCCGGGCCUCCUGCGGCUCUCUGAACAGGACUUCCGUGGCCCACCGCUUUCGCUGGUCUCGGGCGACGGCGGCCGGCAGCUGCUGGAGCGCCUGGAGACGCUGCGUGUGGCCCACCUCAUGGAGGUCAACAAAGGUCACCACCACCAUGCCAACGGCCACGUGCUCGCCAAUGGCACCGCCAAGCCGCACCACAACGGCUUGCUCAAGAAGAACGGCUUCCACCGCUCGGAGCAGGUGCACGUCCAGAUCCCCGUGCCGCCGCCGGAGCCCGAGCGUUUCCCGGCCGAGUGGGGCAAGACGGGCGCCGCCUUCCUGUACGCCGUCUGCUGCUUCCUGACGACCAGCGUGGUCAUCUCGGUAGUGCACGAGCGCGUGCCACCCAAGGAGGAGACGCCGCCACUGCCCGACAAGUUCUUCGAUCUGUUUGACCGCGUGGAGUGGGCCUUCUCCAUCUGCGAGGUGAAUGGCAUGCUGCUCGUGGCUCUCUGGCUUAUGCAGUGGGUCCUGCUCAAACACAGGUCCAUCGUGGGCCGGCGGUUCUUCUUCAUUGUGGGCACGCUGUACCUGUACAGGUGUGUCACCAUGUACAUCACCACCCUUCCGGUGCCUGGCAUGCACUUCCGCUGCUCGCCCAAGCUCUCUGGCAGGUGGGAGGCUCAGCUCCACAGGAUAAUGAAGAUGAUUGCUGGUGGAGGGCUCACAAUCACCGGAUCCCACACCAUGUGUGGAGAUUACCUGUACAGCGGCCACACUGUGAUGCUCACACUGACUUAUCUCUUCAUUAAAGAGUACUCUCCAAAGAGGUUCUGGGUGUAUCACUGGGUCUGCUGGACCCUAAGUGUGGUGGGGGUCUUUUGCAUCCUGCUGGCCCAUGACCACUACACCGUGGACGUGGUGGUGGCCUACUUCAUCACCACACGCCUCUUCUGGUGGUAUCACACACUAGCCAAUCAGCCGGUCCUGAAAGAGAGCUCCCAAGGAAACCUCUUCUCCCAGGUCUGGUGGUACCGCUUGUUCCAGUAUUUUGAGCACAACGUCCAGGGGCCCGUCCCGAAGAGCUAUCAGCUACCGCUGUCUUGGCGCAUGUUACCAUGGACACGGGUGAAAUACAGCAGACUGGACUCGCAGUGACCCUGGCUGAGUGAUGAGAGUGGAACUGUGUGGGACUCAACAGUGCGGGAGGCCAUAGAAAAAUUCUCAUCAUCAGACUAUGUGCAGAAUGGCUCAGCACUGUGACCCAUUGUUAUUUUUACAGACGACUGUACUUUGUAUUUGAAUUAUUGAAAGACACUGUAAUUUACUGGACUGACAUGGAUAUCGUAAACAGUACAUAAGAUGACUGGAGUUGAAAAGCCUCAACCUGCUCUGCUUCAGAGUGUAGCUUUAGCAUUUCAGUUUUAUUUUUUAUUUUUUGGCUGAUAAAACUUAAACAUUUCAUGAGUAUAUCCUUCAAACUUUGAUUCUGUGUUUAGAAUCAUGGUUGUAUCCAUUAAAGUAAAGGAGAGUAGAAUUAUAUAACUUGUAAAGUUGAGUUCCAGAAACUGUUAAACAGUAUCAAGCUCUUAUAGAAGCAGAUUGUUUUGUUUUUAUACAUCAGUAGAAAUCUCCUCUUUUGUACAUACAAAUGUGGCAAGGGUGCAAAACAGUAGUUUCUCUAUAUUUCACAGGUCUAUUUUUCAAAACAAUGUUUUAGAAAAUCUUUUUUUAGAUUUUUACCUUUUAAUAAUGCGUGCUGAAUGCUGGAUAAUCUUAAACAUAUGUGUUUAGUGUUCAAUCAGUGCCUUUAUAAUCAUGAUUGUAACGUGCGUGCGUGCGUGCACGCGCCUGUGUGUUUCAAGGAGGUUUUUUGUGUGCACAUGUGUGUCAUUACUUUACGUUUAACUUUAACAAAUCGCAAAGUGACCAUAAUUUUGCCAGCCCUCUUGCCAAACUAGCAUAGUGUGUAGUUUAGUAUCCAUGAAAGGUAGCAUUAAUAGGGCUCUCUCAUGUUGAUCACACACACACACACACACACACACACACACACACACACACACACAAAAACCAAAACAAAUUGCCUGAAAAAUAAUGGGAGACUACAUAGAAUGUCCUAACCGCUGCAUUGAUUUGCACUUGCACCCACCAAGCCCAUGGGCAUGUCCAUUUGUUUGGCUGGACAUCCAGUUAACAUGCUGAGAGCUCUGCGAUUAACCUUCCCCUUAUAGAAGUGACUGCCAACAUCAGCAUUUGAAUCCAAACAUUGUGGAUUCAGUGGCUCUUAGAGACUUUGGACUUUGGAUUGUUGUUUGCAUUACACUAACCAACACAGCACAACACUCCUGCUUGUGAAGACUGUUGGGCCUAGUUACAGCCAGUGUUUUACCAGCCUAGCCACCCCUCCUGCUAGUAUACAGUUUUUUUCCCCCCGUAGGAUAUAGAGCAUGGUUCAAAUUGUGUCUGGUUUGUUCGUUGUGGAUGUUCUUUGUCCCUAAUUUAUCAAGUGGUUAUGGAGCCAGACUGAAAUAAUUUAUUUCAUUGUUUUGUUUUCUGUUAUUCUUUUCAUCAUGUUUCCCCUUAAAAAAAAAAAAAAAAAAAAAGAUGAAUGACAAACACUGACUGAACUGGACUUGUGCAGACCUGUGACUGCAAGUAUGCUGUUUCUCCAUGAAUGUAACUGCUUGGGCUUUGGCAGAUGUGCAGUAGUCAUCGGAGCAUAGUAAUGUUCUGAUGGGACCUCUUCUUGGAAAAUGAAACACAUCUAACUUGGUGACUGACAAAAUAUCCCUGCCUUGUGUUCUUAAAUGGGCCAUAUUUUGAAGGAUGUAACUAUGAUCUAAUGAUUGUCUGAAUUCAACUGAACCCUCAACUUGAAGUGGACUGUCAUCAUGACCUGAUCCACAUUAAUAUCUGAAGUCUGGAAAUUCAUUUUUUAAUGAAUGAGCGCACGCUAGCUGACAAUGGCUUUGAUAUAAGAAAACUCAAAUAGGCUUGGUCAAUAUAGCCACAUUUAUAUCAUGUUACCAGUCCUCAAAAUAAGGAUCUAGAAAGUACUGUUUGGUAGUCAACAUCUGUUUUGAAUUGUGUUGUUAUUGUUUAUUUGAAUAACAGCUCCAAUAUUGGAUGUAGUCAGGCUGCAGACAGAACAAGACAAUAUGGUGAACAUCUUUUUUUCUCCUUCCAGUCACCUGUGCUGACGAAAAAUGUAGUAAAGGGAAAACAAAUAUUUCCUAUUUAUUAUAAUAUGCAAGUUGUCACAAAGCUUGCAUACCCAAGUAGUUUUAAAUGUAUGAAAAAAGCACUAUGUACCUCCAAAGAAAGUCUGAUUAAUUGUUUCACACAGUCCUGGAUGUCUGUGCUGUAUGUAUGAAUGAAUUGUACUGAUGAAUUUGAUGGUUUAUCAUAGGCCACUUGGUCCCAAGCUCAGAUUUUAUUUGUAAAGAAUUGUUGGGAGAGUUUGACUUAAGACUGUUUACCAUCGCAAAAAAUAUCUUUCAUGUUCAUAAGCUUAUGUGGCCAUAUAAAAAAAUCAAGCAUUAGGGGUUUAUAGCGCCUCAAUUUUAUGUUGUCAUGGUUGAGCCAUUUCAGUUGUUUCAUGUAUAAUAUGCUGUUAGCUGUUUAUAAUUUUUACUUCACAUGUGCUGUCACAGCAAACCUUUUAGGGGGUAAUGCAGUCAACUUGGUUGCCAAUCAUGAUUUCUCUGUCUUUUAGUAGCUGUUAAGUAAUUUUAUGUGUUUUUAUUACAGGCGAAUCAACAGUCUGAUCAAAUGCAUAGUGUCCAUUUCUCUAUGUGUCUGUAUGGCUGUGAUGUUUCUAUAAUGUGGUGGUGAUGAGAGAAGAAUGGAAAUAAAUGGUUGUACUCUGUCUGUUAAA